AUGAAAAUCAACCCCAAAUCUAUUGCCGCUGCUACCCAUGCUACUAGCAACCAUGAUACCCAUGCAACCCAACCUUCAGUGGCUCCCUUGGUGCCGAUGAAAUCUACGCUGCCUGUGAAUCCUUGUGCCCUCCUCUCUAAUGUUCGUGUGGCCAAUGUGAAUGAGGCACUUCGAACUCUGAAUACACCUUCUUCCACCCCACAUUGCCACCAUCCCUAUUAUGUCAGGCUCUGCAAUUUAGAGGAGAAGAUUAGGGAAUUACCAACUCUGGAAGAGACAACAAACAACCAUGCUUAUGAUUGGUUCACAGAAUCAAAGGAACCCCCCUCCAAGAGAGGCAAACAUACUACACCAACCUUAACCUUUGUUCACGCCGGUGAUUUGCAUACAGAACCAUCCAACCUUCCAUCCAUGGCCAACCUACUAUACGUGAAGGAUCCAAAUCAUUUAGAGCCAUUUACUGGUACUGAGGGAUGUCACCACCCACUUGUCUGUACAUUGGUUCCUAGGAAUUUUAUUCAACAAACCUAUGGUAAGCAAGUCAAACUGGAUAAUCCGUUUGCUGGCUGGAAUACUGCUGUUAAAGAAACUCCAGUGCUACCAAAGAAAAACAGAGAAGGCAAGCAUAGGAGACUGGUAUGGGAAGACAAGAACAAUACCUACCCAAAGAUUGGUUGUCUUGUCAAACAGGCUGGUGGUUUAUCUUUCCAUCUCCUUCCUGAAUCAGUUCCAAAGCACCAAGUCAAGAAUUAG